AAUUAAUAAUCUACAAUAUUUAACCUUUAAUGAUAAUAAACAUUUAAUCAAACUCUUUUCUCUUUGUUUCUUCUCCGUCAGUAGGUACUUAAUAAUCUAAUGGCAACGUUGCGAUGUAACUAACAUCGCGGUGAUUCCCCCACCAGUUGAUCAACAACGUUUGACAAAAAGUACGCGACCAGCGAAAGCUCAGUCAUUGUCCGCAAAUCGAAAGCCUCUCUCCUCUCCAAAAAUCCCCUCUUUUACGUAACCUUGAAUUAGUUUAAUAAAUCGCCCGCCUAAUUGCAGCGCUUUCUUUGUUCUUUAUUGUGUGAUACUAAUGCCGCAAAUAUCGAGAACAAAGCUCAGUGAACACUGAAUGUACUCGCGUCGCAUUUGUAUGCUUUACGUUGCGUUACAUUUUUCUAUCAUUUUUAUUCUUGUCAAAGAUGUCUGAACAAAUCGGAAAUAGAGUUUAUAAUUAUUUAAUUGGAUUUGAAAUUCAUAAUAUUAAUAAUAUUAAGUUACCUUCGUGUAGGGAUGUAUUGAAUCUCUUUAUGUACAAACAUCAAUCCUUAAAAUUAAGUAUACGAGCAAGUGCUAGUAGUGUGAUCAGUGAUACGAAUGCUAUUUGGGCUAAUCUUUUGAUUCCAACUUCUCGACCUCAGCACAGUAUUAAAAAAUUGGAAAAAAUUCACAGUGACUACAUGAAACUGAAGAAUCAUCGAAGUCGUGCAAAGACAUCGAAAAGACAACGAACAAAUGUGGAACAGUUUAGCAAACGUCUUGAUAAAUUAUUUGACAUUGCAAAUUGUGCUGCACUAAAAAAUUUACCGAAAAAUUUGCAGCAAUUUUUGACAGAUUGUCGUAAAGGAAAUAGAAAUAUCCAUCUACCAGCAAUUGACGUUAUACCAGAAGAAACUUCUGGAAAUCUGUCUGCGAUGGAAGUAGAAACUCCCAAUAAUGAGGAAAUUGGAAUGAAAUUAUCCCAACAGUCGUCCUUAAAUAGUUUCUGUAGUUCCAUAUCAAAUUCCAGUGAAUUGAAGCGAACUUGUUCAGACUUUGAAGAUACAAUGCCAGCGCCUAAGAAAAAUAAAAUUGAUAUUCUGACUUCGGAAUUAGUAUUAGCACUAGAUAGAACUAAAACUAGUAACAGAAAUGCGAUGUACAUCAUUUCUGCUGUUAUUCAAAGUUUAGGACUUGAGAUUGAUAAAUAUAAUUUAAGUUACUCCAAUUAUUCGCAAUGCGCGUAUUUCAAAAAGAGAAGAAAUUGUCGAUACGAUCAAAGAAGAAGAAAUUUUUGA